AUGUCUAAUUCCAGCUCGUCCACACCGCCCCUCCCGAACCCAAAGGUCGGCGCAAUGGCCAAGGCCUUCUCAGAAGUCGACCUGGACGGCCAUGAUUUGCCUCCGUCGCCGGCGCCUUCGAGCCCUAGAAAUGGACGGCAGUACUCGAUCGCCACCCAGCUCGUGUACUCCGAGGGCAAUGACCAGUACAAUGCGAGCAGUAUGCCCAUCUACCAGUCUGCGACGUUCAAGCAGACAUCCGCAACCGGCGGCGCCUCCGACUACGACUACACCCGCAGCGGCAACCCUACUCGUACACACCUCGAGAAGCAUCUGGCUAAGAUCAUGAGAGCAAAGCGAGCCUUGGUUGUGUCCUCAGGAAUGGGAGCGUUGGACGUCAUUACCAGGACAUUGAAGCCCGGUGACGAAGUUGUCACGGGGGAUGAUCUAUACGGCGGCUCACACAGAUUGCUAAAAUAUCUGUCGACUCACGGUGGCAUUGUGGUACACCAUGUUGACACGACAACUCCCGAGAAACUGAAAGAAGUACUCUCUGCAAAGACAGCCAUGGUUCUGUUGGAAACGCCAACAAAUCCUCUCAUCAAAAUCGUCGACAUUCCUACUAUCGCGGACUUGGCACACGCCGCCAAUCCGAACUGUGUGGUGAGCGUCGAUAACACUAUGCUUUCGCCACUCUUGCAGAACCCCCUCGAGCUGGGAGCCGAUAUCGUCUACGAGUCUGGCACCAAGUAUUUGUCCGGUCACCAUGACCUCAUGGCAGGUGUGCUUGCCGUCAAGUCCGAAGAGUUGGCCGAGAGGUACUAUUUUGUCAUCAAUUCCACCGGUUGUGGUCUCGCGCCAUUCGAUUGCUGGCUCUUGAUGAGGGGCAUUAAAACGCUGAAAGUCCGUAUGGACGCUCAGCAGGCCAACGCCAUGAGGAUCGCCACGUUCCUCGAGUCUGUUGGAUUCAAGGUCCGUUACCCGGGGCUGAAAAGCCAUCCGCAAUACGACCUUCACAACUCCAUGGCCCGCGGAGCUGGCGCGGUCUUGUCAUUCGAAACAGGCGACAUCCACCUGUCAGAGCGCAUAGUCGAGUCCGCAAAACUAUGGGCCAUCAGCGUCAGCUUCGGCUGUGUGAACUCGCUCAUCAGCAUGCCCUGCCGCAUGAGCCACGCCUCAAUUGAUGCAAAAACUCGACAGGAGCGCGGUGUCCCCGAGGAUCUCAUUCGGCUUUGCGUCGGCAUCGAGGAUGGUGAGGAUCUGCUAGACGACCUACGCAGCGCCAUGGUCCAAGCUGGUGCCAUGGACCUGUCACUGGAAGGUCUCUACGCCAAAAACCCCACUAUCCUACAGAAAGACCCCAAGGAAGGCGAAAAAAUCGCCGCAGAAGCAGCUGCGGAAAACGAGCCUUGA